UACGCAACCCUGUCUAGAAUCAGCUAUCGUAUUCCAGGAAAAAUAAAAAUAAAAAAAAUACUUUCCCUGUCUUCUUCUUUCUAACCCUCUGGACCCUCUUCGUCAUCCAUUCGGGACCCCUGGAGCUUGAGGUAUGGAAUCAACGCCGGUGAAUUGGGAGGCUUUGGAUUCCCUUGUCACAAGUUUUGCCAAAUCUGACCACCUCAUCGAAGACUCCUCCGGACUGUCUUCCCCCUCCUCUCCUUCCUCUUCUUCCUCUUACCAGUAUCGCCUUCUCAUCCGUCAGAUCCGCCGAAGCAUCGAAGCAGGUGACGUCGAUGGCGCUGUUUGUUUACUUCGGGAGCACGUGCCGGUGGUGCUAGAGGACCACCGGAUACUCUUUCGGCUUCAGAAGCAAAAAUUUAUUGAGUUGUUGAGGAAGGGGACUGAGAAGGAUCGGGAUGCCGCCAUUCAGUGCCUUCGUCUGGCUCUUGCUCCUUGCGCCCUCGAUGCGUACCCGGAAGCAUAUGAAGAGUUCAAGCAUGUUCUUUUGGCAUUGAUCUUUGACAAAGAAGACCAGUCUUCUCCUGUUGCAAACGAGUGGUCCGAAAGGAGAAGAUAUGAUCUUGCUGGAUUGUUGUCAUCUAUACUAAGGUUUCAAUUACAUGCUUAUGAUCCAAUUUUUUUGUUAACAUUGAGGUAUCUUAUAAGCAUCCAUAAAGUAUUUUGUCGUGACCGAGGCAUUUCAUCUCCUAUCACAGAUCUUACUGAGAGGCUGCUCUUUGAGGAGCGUGAUCCUCCUGCCGUUCCACAGGAGAGUUUGUUUGAAGCACCACCAUUUGAUGAGGUUGAUAUUCAAGCCCUAGUACAUGCUGUGGAAUUAACAAGACAGGGUGCCGUUGAUAGCCUGAGAUUUGCCAAGGGGGAUCUCAUUCAAGCAUUUCAGAACGAGUUGUGUCGGACAACGCUCAACUUUUCAGUACUCGAUGAGCUUGUCCACGAGUACUGCAUAUACAGAGGACUUGCAGCUUCUGACACCAUGUCUUCAUCAGCUUAUCCUGCAAACAGUUCUUCAAGGGAUUGUAUAUAUCCUCAAUCCGAUGGUGAAGCCUCCAUUAAUAACAUUGGGUCCGAUGGGUUUCAUGAAGUUAACAUGGACUACACAAGCAUACGGGACAAUGGCUUCGAUAUGCAUUGUUCAUCUGAAAGGACGACAAACUACGAAGAUUGCAGCACCAGCACUCCAGGCCAUUUGCAGAGCUGUUCCAGAAGGCUAAGAAGAAGUAGGUAUGAUGUAUCGAGGGAACGAAGGAAAAAAAGAUGGAGAGGGAGGGUUGAUCCCCUGGAACAUAGUUCUGACAUUGUUACCUCUGAGAAAAGCAAUACAAAUCUCAUGGCUGCAGCUCUUGAUGCCUCUGAACAUAAAUGCAAGGAAGAGAAAGUUUUAGGGAAUCAUUCUUCCCUUCACAAUGCUGAUAUGAUUUUUGUCCGCAAGUGUGAAAUUGUGUUGGAGAUGAAAGAGCUGGCCAGUAAGGGUAUGGUUGCAGAAGUAGUUGAGGAAGUGAAUGCCAUGGAUCCUGAGUUUUUCACUCUCAAUCCUUUAUUGUUAUUCCAAUUAAAGCAGGUCGAAUUUAUUGAACUGGUAAAUAGCGGUAAUAUUCAACUAGCUCUCAAGGUUGCUUGCACUCAUUUAGGCCCACUUGCCUUGAGCAAUCAGGAUUUGGUGAAGCCCUUGAAAGAGACAUUGUUGAUUCUGUUGAAACCUAAUGAGGUAGCACUUAGAAAAGGAAUCCCUUUGUCCGCACUUGCAAAUAAUCUUCAGGUUGCUAUGGGCAGAAGGCUUGGUAUCGAAGAACCUCAACUUAUGAAGCUAAUGAGAGCAACGCUUCACACGCACAAUGAGUGGUUUAAGCUGCAGAUGGGCAAAGAUAGAUUCGAAGAGUUCCUUAAAAUACACCGUCUUAAAGAUGUCAAUGCUCACUCUAAAAGCGAUAUUAUGGCUGAGGCGCAUGCGGAUGUUUCAGCUCGUAUUUUUUCUCAGACCACCUCCAGUUCGAGCAAUAAGUUGCCAGAAGAUAACAGCAGUCCAUCUCAAGAAUCUACGAAUGAAAGCCUGUACGAUGAAAAUUCAAUAAUUAAAGUUAUGGAGUUCCUGGCCUUACCGAGGGCUGAUGCAAUCCAUCUUCUAAUACAGUAUAACGCCGAGACCGUCAUUCAACAGAUAUUCUCCUAGCUUUCCACUGUACAGUUGUAGACCAUCCUUCAAAGGAAAAUCAAUCAUUCAAUAGGCAAUUAGGCACGCCUGACGCCUCUGUUGGUGUGGUUCAGGUAUUUCUUUGUUCCUCAUAACGCCAUCAAAUGCGACAUACUGUAUAAUUCUUUUGAAUUAAUAUUUGCAUCAGUUAUUUCACACGCAGUAACAUUUCAGCAAAGCUGUACAUUAGUUUGUAUAUUAUAUAUAACUGGGGGGGACUCGAUUAAGUCGUGAAAGA